AAGAAAAGGAAAUCUCGCGACUUGGAAUUGACCUAUAACUCGUACACUCAGACAUUUCAUUUCAAUUCAAUUUCUCUCUUCUCUUUCUCUUGGAAGUUCAAAACUGAAUCGAGCUGAAUUGAACUCAAUCCACUGCAAAUGGAGAACCUAAUCUCUUUAGUCAACAAAAUCCAGAGGGCUUGCACCGCUCUCGGCGACCACGGCGAAGCCACCGCCUUACCCACUCUCUGGGACUCUCUCCCCGCCAUCGCCGUCGUCGGUGGCCAGAGCUCUGGAAAAUCCUCAGUGCUUGAAAGCGUUGUUGGCAAGGAUUUCCUACCUCGUGGUUCAGGAAUUGUUACCCGGCGACCCCUUGUUUUGCAGCUUCAAAAAAUUGAAGAGGGUAGCAGAGAGUAUGGUGAAUUUCUACACCUUCCCAAGAAAAAAUUCUACGAUUUCGCUGCUGUGAGAAAGGAGAUUCAAGAUGAAACCGAUAGAGAGACUGGACGAUCGAGAAUGAUUUCAAGUGUCCCGAUUCACCUUAGUAUAUAUUCUCCUAAUGUUGUUAACUUGACACUCAUUGAUCUUCCUGGCCUUACAAAGGUAGCUGUAGAGGGUCAACCAGAUAGUAUUGUCCAUGACAUUGAGGAUAUGGUUCGGUCCUAUAUUGAGAAGCCAAACUGUAUAAUUUUGGCUAUUACACCUGCCAAUCAAGAUCUUGCAACAUCUGAUGCAAUUAAAAUCUCGCGCGAAGUAGACCCCAAUGGUGAAAGGACAAUUGGAGUUUUGACAAAGAUUGAUCUUAUGGACAAGGGUACUGAUGCUGUUGACAUGUUGGAGGGGAGAGCUUAUAAGCUAAAGUUUCCCUGGAUCGGUGUAGUCAAUAGAUCACAAGCAGAUAUUAACAAGAAUGUUGACAUGAUUGCUGCUAGGCGUAGCGAACGUGACUAUUUUUCUAAUACCCCUGAAUAUAGACACCUGGCUCACAGAAUGGGUUCCGAGCACCUUGCAAAGAUGCUUUCAAAGCAUUUGGAGACAGUAAUCCAGUCCAAAAUUCCAGGCAUUCAAUCUCUUAUUAAUAAAACAAUUGCUGAACUUGAAGCUGAACUGAGUCGUUUGGGAAAGCCUAUUGCAGCUGAAGAUGGGGGCAAGUUGUAUGCAAUCAUGGAAAUAUGUCGCUCAUUUGAUCAAAUAUUUAAAGAUCAUCUUGAUGGCGUGAGACCUGGAGGUGAUAAAAUUUAUAAUGUCUUUGACAAUCAGCUCCCUGCUGCUUUGAAAAGGUUGCAGUUUGAUAAGCAGCUCUCAAUGGAAAAUAUAAGGAAACUUAUUACUGAAGCUGAUGGGUAUCAACCUCAUCUAAUAGCUCCAGAACAAGGAUAUCGUCGCCUCAUUGAAUCUACUCUUACUACUAUCAGGGGUCCUGCUGAGGCAGCUGUUGAUACGGUUCAUUCACUAUUAAAGGACCUGGUUCACAAAGCUAUUAGUGAGACUCUGGAAUUGAAGCAAUAUCCUGGUCUGCGGGCUGAGGUUGGAAGUGCAGCUAUUGAUUCACUAGAUAGAAUGAGGGAGGAAAGCAAAAAAGCAACACUACAGCUAGUUGAUAUGGAGUGUGGUUAUUUGACAGUUGAUUUCUUUCGGAAGCUUCCUCACGAUGUUGAUAAGGGGGGCAAUCCUACACAUUCACUUUUUGAUAGAUAUAACGAUUCAUAUCUUAGGCGAAUUGGAACCACGGUUUUGUCUUAUGUCCAUAUGGUCUGUGCUACUCUGCGGCAUUCAAUUCCCAAGUCAAUCGUGUAUUGUCAAGUGCGGGAAGCCAAAAGAAGCCUGCUUGAUCACUUUUUCACUGAGAUAGGCAAAAUUGAGCCCAAGCGUUUGUCCUCAUUGCUGAAUGAGGAUCCUGCAGUCAUGGAACGACGCGGUGCCCUUGCAAAGAGGCUUGAGUUAUACCGGAGUGCGCAAGAUGAGAUUGAUGCAGUUGCUUGGUCUAAGUAGAUGAUGAGAGUAUGGACCUUAAAUUUAGAGAGGAGUGUUUUUAUUUAACGUGUGUAUUCUUGGUUGUCUAUCUCUCCCGUCUUUAGUUUCUGUCUUUCUGAGGUUUUGCUUUGUCAUUCAAGUAUGCAAAAGGUGUAUUGUCAUCUUCACUAUUUUCUUUUUGGGUGAGUGAGAUUAUGAGUGCUUUUUCUCACCCCUAUGUAGAUAUUUAAUUCUGUAUUAACUUUUCUUUCAACUCGUUUCAAAAAAAUUUCUUGCAAAACAGCAUGUAAAAAUUUGGUGACUUCUCUUGUACAAAGUGUAUUCCUGUGAUAACUUCACCAGGGUCAAAUGGUUUCAACUUUCAA